AUGAUCUCUACCAGUGAGGAGACAACGCCUUUGAUCCCGGAAGCAGACCUCGGCUCGCAAAUAUUUCAGGCAGGACAGAACACCGAUAUAGAAGAUGGCUCUAUCAGGGAGGGACAAGGUCCCAAAGAGGAUCGGCCAAAGAGCAAAAUUGGAAUCAUAGCAGUCCUGCUCGUCGGUGUUUUUAUCGCCAAUUCCGAUACUUCGCUUGUCUUAGCAACAUAUGGAAAGAUUUCCUCCGAUUUCAAUGAUCUUGAAAGCGGUCGGUGGCUUCUCACUGCUGCAUUGCUAGCCUCGUGUGCAGCGCAGCCUCUUUAUGGAAAGAUAAGCAACAUUUUUGGCCGCAAACCUGUCUUGUUGACGGCAUAUUCCAUUUUCGGACUUGGAUGCAUCAUUUCUGGCUCAGGGCAUUCUAUGACUCAAAUUAUCAUUGGUCGGGUGGUUGGAGGCGCAGGGGGUGCUGGAAUGGUGUCUCUUGUCUCCAUUCUGAUUUCCGACCUCGUUCCCUUGAAAGACGUCGCCUCCUAUCGAAGCUAUGUCAACGUGAUUCAGACGACUGGCAGAAGUAUUGGAGGCCCUUUGGGUGGAUAUAUUGCCCAGACGCUGGGUUGGAGAUGGUCCUUCUACUCCGAGUGCCCCAUAGUCCUUCUCGCCAUAAUUCUAGUGGCAUGGAAAUUAGAAGUCCCGAAACGGGAAGGGCACAUCAAAGAAUCUCCGUGGACAAAGUUGAAAAGAGUCGAUUUCAUCGGUUCAGCGUUCUUAUCGGCCUCGAUAAUCGCAUGCCUCUUGGCUCUGAACUUCUUCAGCAAUGCCGAGUCCUGGUCUAAUCUUGUGCCCAUUGUCUUAGCUGUAGUGGCCAUUUCCUUGAUAAUUGCUUUCUGCCUGGUCGAGAAACUGUGGGCGAAGGAGCCUAUCUUUCCCUUGUAUCUGCUAACAAAGUUGGAUACGUGUACCUCAUAUAUUAUUCUGGCUUGUCAAAUGGCAGCACAGUUAGCGAUGAUGUCCAGCGUACCCCUGUACUUUCAGGUCACUAAGAGAGCCAAAUCCGGGGAAGCGGGUGCUUACCUGGUGCCCGCUGUUGUUGGUAACACUAUUGGUGGACUGAUCACUGGUGCAUAUAUCAAUAGGAGUGGAAGGUACAAGCUGCCCAUCGUGCUUUCCGGAGGUCUCUCGUCUAUCGCGUAUACACUCCUUAUAGUUCGCUGGAAAGGUCAUACGAAAUUUUGGGAGUCACUCUACGUCUUUCCCGGUGGUCUUGGUACAGGAAUUGUCUAUUCUGCAGUUUUCAUUGCUUUGGCAGCAUCGGUAACAGAAGAUGAGAUGGCCAUUGCUGGUACUGGGCUUUACACGUCUGGCGGCAUUGGUGGUGUGAUCGGUAUAAGCGUUUCUGGUGCCGUCUUCCAAUGGUGGACGAAAAAGGGGCUGGAAAAUGCCUUGAAUGGUGUCGAAAAUGGACUUGAGGUGAGUGCAUCCAAAAAGUGCAACGCGAGCCUCAAACUAACAUUCAAGAUCGCACACCGAGCUUUGUCAGAUGUGGGCUAUGUUAAUAGCCUCGAUGGAUACAUUCAUGGUCUUGUCGUUGAUGGAUAUCUCACUGGAUUCAGGGCAGCAUUCUUGGUCUCGCUCAUAUUUUCAGCUUCCUCUUUCGCCGUAUCUUUGUUAGUAAGAGAACAUAAACUUCGAUCUUGA